AUGCCCCAGCUAAAGAAUUCGGACAAUUUUGUGAGCCUACAAGCUGGCAAAUGGUACGAAAUGACGUACAACCGGUGGAAAACCAUACUAUUGCCGCCCGGGUAUGACACCAAGUGUCGCAACUAUGACAUUACCAGCGCUCGACCCGGCGAUCAACUGCGAGCUGACUGCGUCAGCCAAUGCGCUCACGAAGCUUUGGCAAGGAAUUGCGAUCCCGAUAAAAAGUCCCACCAUGAUCAUGAUCAAGCGCCGGCAUCCCUGUACCGGUCGGAUAUUUUAUGGCGCAAGGAUCUGGCUAUAAAGGGAGGGAGCAUGGCCGACGUGCGUGUAUACGCCAAAUACGACCCUGGUAGUGUUAAGGCCGAUGAGGCAACGGUAUACCGUAGAGAGUGUUUUCAGCGACACGCCGUGCGUUUGAACGGCGAGUGCGAACUCAAGUGCUCGCAAGAGUGUCAGGAGAGGUACUAUAACUAUAACGUCAAGACGAGUGAUAAAAUGGACGCACACUCGCCCUGGACUAAGCAGACACGUAUUCGUAUGGCACACAAUCAGUUGCCCGAUCAGAUCACCGAGCACAUACCCGAAGUUAGUUUUGUCAUGUACAUAGGUACGGUGGGUGGACUGAUGGGCAUGUGGGUCGCCAAUGAACAGCUGAAUCAAACGGUGGGCCAAAAUGGACAGGAUUUGGCUGAACUCCGGGCAGUGAAUGCCGAACAGCACCGACGUAUUGAGCACUUGGAGGCGUUAAUUGAAAUCCAUUUAAUAGAUUAUAAUGAGCAUGGUGAAAAUAACAUUGAUAUAAGCAUGGUCAUAGAUCUCACGACUCAGUAUAUGAGCGGCCAGACUCUGGUUAACAUCAAGGUUGAACAAAUUAAAUACAAUAAAAUACCCUCGGUCACUGUAUGCUACCCACGACUACUAUCUAUGAAACGGUUGGCUAAAACAUAUGCUGACACAUAUGGUCAACAGUACAAAAGUUACCUGGACAAAAUGCGGAUUAUCGCUCGUGGGUUCAUUAAAGAAGAUCAUCGGUUGCGCGAUUUGUUUGACCUGAGCAUACCUUAUCAUUAUGGCAUCAGGCUAUUUCAUAAAAAUAUGACACUUAAUGUGAUUGAGAUCACAGACACGAACCCCAUUGAGUCCAUUGUGUUGCCCGACGGCCGCCAGGGGUUCAAGUGUUUCACAUUUUUUAGUCAAAUGGAACCUAAAUGGAGGGAAUACCAGAUUGAGUUACGCGUGAUGCACAUAAACAUCUAUCAACAUGAGUCUUGGUUUCCACCUAGCUUGUACGAUGGGUCGGCGCAUAUGUACCUGUCCAUACACUCGCCAAACAUAAUACCACAACAAAUGAAUUCAAACAAUUUUAUGCGCUUAAAACCGGGCAAAUGGUACGAAAUGACGUACAACCGGUGGAAAACCAUACUAUUGCCGCCCGGGUAUGACACCAAAUGCCAGGAGUACGACAUCACUAGUACACAGCCCGGCGACUAUCAGCUGCGGGCCGAUUGCGUCAAUCAGUGCCUCUACAACCGUCUGGUCAACACAUGCGACAACGAUAAACAAUCACCCCUUCAAACCCUACACCAGCACAACGCCACCAGACUAUGCCUGUACCGGUCGGAUAGUCUGUGGCGUCGGGACCUGGUGGCACCGGGUGCUCCCUUGGUCAAUGAUCGUAUUUGCGGCGAGUUUGACCCUGGUAUAGUUAAGGCCGCCCUUACCAAUAAUAUCUACGAGCGCUUGGUAGACCGGAUGGUGUGCUACCGGAGGCACUCGUCUCGUUUGAACAAUGAGUGCGAACUCAAGUGCCCUCAAGAGUGCACUAAUAGGUACUAUAACUACAACGUUAAGGCCAGCGAUACGAUUGAAAGUGACUCGCCCUGGACUAAGCAAACCCACAUUCGUUUGGCACACAAUCAGAUGCCACAUCAAAUCACCGAGCACAUACCCGAGAUCAGUUUUGUCCAGUUUAUAGGCACGUUUGGUGGGUUACUGGGCAUGUGGGUCGGUUUGUCAGCGUUUGCCGUGUUGGAUUUUGCUUUUGGUUAUAUAUAA